AUGCGUGGGCAGAAUACGCAGGGACAACUUAUUAAAAUCCCUGUUCAGUAUAUCCCACCGGUGACGAAGUGGAAUUCUUUGAUUGAUGCAAAUCAAUAUGUUUUGUCAUUCGAAACUGUUACAACUAAUUUGUACCAUAGUACGAUUUCUACUUGCGAGCAACAAGCUUUUGAUGAUUAUCACGUUAAUAAUUGGUUAUCGCAUAAAUUCCUUGGAAAACAACUCGAUGGAAUGAAAAUCUUCGCGGAUAGAGUCUCUUCUUUACAGAAAAUGAAACAAGAUCAUCAAAGUUUAGGCGAAUAUCUCUAUGAUAUUGAGUUGUACUACAAUCUUCCUGACAGAGAUGAAGAUGAUUAUUAA